UUAACCUAAAGGGAAUAACACACUACCUCUAAUUCCUGAUUGCUUUUCCUCUUCCUGCCGCUGAGAGGUAAUAAAAAGAAAUCUGCAGAGUCCCAAGAGGAUUAUUUGCACUUGGAUCCCUGCCGGGACAGACACCCGGGCAUUAAGAGAAGCUUAACAGUUAUAAGAGUACUAACUUCCCUUUUUAGGUGAAGAGCUCUGCCAUGAAGAUGCCGCAUGCAAACUUACUAGUUUUAGCUUUUUGCCUCGUUGUGGGUACAGGACACAGUGUUGUUGCUAAGAGACAAUAUCAGAUCCAAAACGGGCCGUGUAGCUACACCUUUCUGCUGCCGGAGCAGGACAACUGCCAAACCCAAAGCAGCAACUACGCCGUUCAAAAAGAUGGACCCGGGGACAACGAGGAGUCGACUCAGAGGCUGGAACAACUGGAGAUCAUCAUGGAGAACAACACGCAGUGGCUGCACAAGCUGGAGAACUACAUACAGGACAGCAUGAAGCAGGACAUGAUCCACCUCCAACACACGGCUGUGCAAAACCACACGGCCACGAUGAUAGAAAUCGGAACCAACCUGCUGAGUCAAACCGCUGAGCAAACGAGGAAAAUGAGCAGCGUGGAGGCCCAGGUCAUUCGUCACUCAACUCGACUUGAGCGUCAACUGCUUGAAAAUUCCUUGUCAACCAACAAGUUGGAGAAACAACUAAUUGUCCAAACGAAUGACAUCAGCAAGCUGAAUGACAAAAACAGCUUUCUGGAGAAAAAGGUGGACGAGAUGGAGCAGCAGAGGCAGGUGGAGCUGAAGAUGCUUCGAAAUGAAAAGGAGCAGCUUCUGGCUCUGAUCCUCCGGCAGACGGCCAUCAUCGGCGAGCUGGAGCAGCAGCUCCUCAAAGUCUCCUCCAACAACACCGCGCUGCAGCGCCAGCAGCAAGACCUGCUGGACACCGUCAACAACCUCAUUCACACCGUCUCCAUCGGCUCGGCUCCAGCGAGCAAAACGGUCAUGAUGCAGGACACUCCGACGGCCUUCACGGACUGCGCCGCUGUAUUCAAGUCAGGAAACACGCAGAGUGGCGUUUACACUCUCACGUUGCCCAACAACACAACUGAGGUUAAGGCUUUCUGCGACAUGCAAACAGAAGGAGGAGGGUGGACCGUGAUACAAAAACGCUUUGACGGCCAUGUUGACUUUCACCGAACGUGGCAGGAGUACAGAAAGGGGUUUGGAGACCCUUCGGGUGAAUUCUGGUUGGGAAAUGAGUUUGUGUCCAGACUGUCGAUUCAGCAGCCCUACAGACUGAGGAUCCAGCUGAGCGACUGGGAAGGAAACUCUGCAUUCUCACAGUACGACCAGUUCUCCCUCGAAGGUGAAGCACUGAAUUACAGGAUACACCUUAAAGGCUUCAGUGGAACGGCGGGCAAAAUAAGCAGCAUUGGGCAGCCAGGAAGUGAUUUCAGUACAAAGGAUAAAGACAACGACAAAUGUGUUUGCAAAUGUUCACAACUGACAACAGGGGGUUGGUGGUUUGAUGCCUGCGGUCCGUCCAAUUUGAAUGGAAUGUUUUACCAGCAAGGCCAAAACUCAAAUCGCUUCAAUGGAAUCAAAUGGUACUACUGGAAAGGCUCGGGCUACUCACUGCAGUCCACCACAAUGAUGAUCAGACCUGCAGACUUCUCAGGUUCCCUUUGAACUGACUCAAACAAUACACCAAGCUGGUGGGAAAUUCUGCCUGCAAACUACAAAAAACUAAAAUGAAAAGUAUCAAGCGAACCAAAGUACUUCAUUAAGGGAUUUUAUAUAUUUUGUGCAUUUCUAUGUUUAGUAAUUUAAAUCAAAUGGUUGUGUUACAAUGGAUUAUCAAAAUAUAUAUAUAAAUAUAGUGAAAUGUGUAUUACUGCUAUGUAUAGAUUACUACAGUUAUUACAUUUGGAAUAUCUAGAUAAUCACACAGAAUAUUAAAAUGUGUGAUAUUCACAUUUAUUUAAAGACUUUUAUUUAGUUCAAUAUCCAUUUAACCAUCCAUAUUUGAAUAAUAGCAGCCUGUGUCAUUGUAAAAAGAAAAUGAGACUAUGGUACAACAUGCAGAAAACCACUGGCUCAAAGUUAUUAUGGUUUUGUUAAAUGUCUAAAACGCAAAUGUAAAAAAAUGCCACAGAAAUUGUUUCUCUAAAGAUUACUGUUGUUUUUCUCCCAGGAAUGUAUGUCAAUUUGUUGUUUAAUUUAUAUGUAGGUUUUUAAGUUUUAUAUUUAACAUUAUAUAUGGGGGAAAUUAGAUUAUUAGGUAUUGACUAUUUCAUGCACAUUCUCACUAGGAGGAAUUCCUUUAAUAUAAUCCUGCAGUACACUUCCACAGGCUCAUACGUGCCCAGUGUUCUGGGGACGUAUUUCCGUACUCCUGAGAAGCUACGAUUCUCACCGGCCUUUUUGAAGUGGUUGUCUGUAAUGUUCUACCAGUUGUUAUGUACCUGAAGUUGAAUAUUAAACACAAGCACAAGGCAGAGGGCUUCAGACGUGAGCUCUAAAGUCCUUCUCGUUCUCAGUCCUGUUCUACCCGAUGGCACCGAGCGGCCGGCACAGAGCACAGUCGCCACAGCAGCACAAAUCUUCCAGCAAUGUCCGUUUUCAAGGGAAAAAACUAAAUCCUAAAUGCUUAAAAAUUGCAUAUGUUGUUUGCUUUUUUUGGUACCUAAUCAAAAUGUUACAUUUCAAAUUAAAUCCCCAAAUCGUCAGAAGAGAGACAGAUAUAGCUCAUGGCGAGCAAUGUGGAUAACAUCCCAUGUCACAGUUGAUUUAAUGUAAUACAGCAAUAUUGAUAUGACAAAGUCCAUUUGGGGUGUUUGUGGAUAAAGUAAAAUAAAAUUGGCACAUGAGAAUUUCUUAUGUAUGGCUACUAUUUACAAAUAAAAGAAUACUUCUUCAGAUGAAUGGGACAAUCAACCCAAAAUCCAGUUAUAAAUGAUUCUUGAUCGUUGACUUGUAACAUUUCCUCUGUUGUUGAGUAAUAUUAAAAUGGCAAAAAUGCUUCAAA